UCACUGCAGACUGGCAGGGUCGCCUACAGAGCAGCGCUGGUAGCUGUUAAUGAAGUGCUGCUCUUUUUAUUUGAGGGUCCCAUUUCAGAGGGAAGAUUUCGACCACUAGGGUGACACUGGAAAACAAGGGUAGGGGUAAAAAGAAGAAGGGACUGGGCCCGAGCAGGAAGAAUGACGCAAAUCAGCGCGGAACCUUUUACGAGGAGCGCCGGGUCUUACGGGGACCGAUGUAUUGAGCGCACCGAUCUGGACUAUGGCGGAUGUUCCGAGUGACGCUCCUGAACACUGCCCGGGCACCACCAGUGAGCAGGCUGGGAAGUCGUCAGCAUGCCAGGGAUGUCCCAACCAGACGAUAUGUGCCUCUGGUGCCACCAAAGCUCCAGACCCGGCCAUAGAGGAAAUCAAGCUGAAGAUGGCCACCGUGAAGCACAAGAUUCUGGUUUUAUCAGGCAAAGGGGGCGUCGGGAAGAGCACCUUCAGCGCACACCUGGCUCACGCCUUGGCUGGUGAUGACUCCAAAGAGGUUGCUCUGCUGGACAUAGACAUUUGUGGACCAUCAAUACCCAAAAUAAUGGGGCUGGAGGGAGAGCAGGUUCAUCAGAGUGGCUCUGGCUGGUCUCCUGUGUAUGUAGAGGACAACCUGGCGGUCAUGUCCAUUGGCUUCCUGCUCGGCAGCCCUGAUGAUGCAGUUAUCUGGAGGGGCCCCAAGAAGAAUGGCAUGAUAAAGCAGUUCCUGAGGGACGUAGACUGGGGUGAGCUGGACUACCUCAUAGUGGACACGCCGCCGGGCACCUCAGACGAGCACCUGUCUGUAGUGCAGUACCUCAGUGGAGCUGGCAUUGAUGGAGCCGUCAUCAUCACCACACCACAGGAAGUGUCACUGCAGGAUGUGAGAAAAGAGAUCCGAUUCUGUCAGAAGGUGAAGCUGCCUGUGAUCGGCGUGGUGGAGAACAUGAGCGGCUUUGUGUGUCCCAAAUGCAAGAAUACCUCCCAGAUCUUCCCUCCAACCACGGGAGGAGCCCAGAGGAUGUGCGAGGAGCUCGGGCUGACGCUGCUGGGCAAAGUGCCUCUGGACCCGCGGAUAGGGAGAAGCUGUGACGAGGGAAAGUCGUUCCUGAAUGAAGUACCAGACUCUCCUGCGGCUGCGGCCUAUCAGACCAUAGUGCAGAGCAUAAAAAACUACUGUUCCUCCAAUUUGACUUCAGCUGCGCAUACAGACUAGAUCUGUGGGUCCAUCAAGUGGAACGUCAUGAAUGGACUGAGUGGACGUUCGAGGAGAGAACCUCGUCAGCGGUCCACUGUCACCGGUGUAAUCAUGGAAAUGCAGUCAGGUCACUUGUGUCAGUCAGAGAUUGAGUUUUCUACAUGCCUAAAAAAGCAUAUUUAAUUCUAUAAACCCUUUAUGUAUGUUUUCAUUGCAGGCUGUGUGUCUUUCCUCUCUGAGAAGAGCUCUAACAUUGCUGAAGUGUUGAAUUGCUUAGUUGAGUGUGGUGACUGGAAGUCCUCUGAAAAAAAGCCUACAGGAUAAGUCAUUAUAGGACAUAUACUAAUCUACAAAAGGGCUUGACUUGAAGGGGAAUGUCAAAUUGAUUCAGUGAUUCAGAGUGGUUUGGUGUGAAAGGGUUCAGAUGUCUUUACAGUGGUGGUGAUAGGAACCAGGGGUCGCCAUGACUACAACACAGAUAUAGACAUUUUAUUUACUAUCCAGAACCACCAGUGAACCUACACGAGUCUUCUGAGUUUAUAUGGAAUGUUGAUGAUGGUAAGAUCAAUAAAUCUAGGGGAAGAAAAGUUCUUUGUGGACUAUUUUGCCUCACAACACCCGGCGUAUACCCCUCCACCAUGAAUGUGUUAACCACAUUCAGCACCAUGUUCGUAACCAUUUCAUGUAGUAACUUUCUGUGAGGGAGCUUUUAGAGGUGGACGUCUGGUUCCUAUCACCACCACUGUGAACAGUUCUGACUCUAGAACGGAGCGUGUCACACCAAACCUCUCUGAAUGGCUCUGUUUACAUCUUAACCACUUAAUUAUGCAGAAAUGUUUAAGAAUAGGUUGCAUUCCCCUUUGAAAUAAACAUUAUCUUUAUGUAUAAACAUGAAGAUAAAAUAUAUAAUGUUUUCCCUUUGUGCUCAGUGUUUGAAGGUCCACCUUAUUUUUAUGCUAAAUAGAUUUUUUGAGGUUUUCUGAUGACAGUGGCCGUAUGUAAUUGUAAAAGUAGAAAUGGGCCAGACUGAUAACCAUCCACUUGUCCAGCUGUUCUUUUUCAUAGUUUGUCCCAAAGACUUCCACUCAUCGUGUUAACUAAGCAUCAUGUUCUGACACGUCUUCAGUCUGCAUGCUCAGCUCUGAGAGGAACACGUGGGUGACUGUGGUGCUGGAUAUGUAGAAACAGAGUGAACCAGCAUUUUAGCUCAAACUGUCUCUUUAAUGCCCAGCAAAAUAAAAGUUGAUUUAUGAGA